AUGGCUUUGCCGGAAUGUGCCAUGGAUAUAGUGGACUUGUCAAUGCCUUUUGCAGAAAGUGCCAGUGAUGAGACAAAUAACAAUGACAUUGAAGAAAGCGCAAGAAUUGAAGAAGUUGGUCGUCAUUUCAGUGCAAGAAGCAGAGUGGAGGAUUGCUUGGUCUCAGUGUUGCAGAUUGGACUCUUGUGCUCUGCAACAUCACCUCAAGAGAGGUUGCCCACAAAUGAUGUUUUCAACAAAUUGAGGGCAAUUAGAGACACAUGGGUUUUGAUGUUGUCCAGCGUACAUCACCAGUGGCGGAGCCACGUGCUAGAACAAGGCGAGCAAUGGAGCGGAAAUCUGGUAGGAGACAUUCAGUGGCUUUAUCUAGUUCAGGGUUCAAACUCUGGUACAGUGAGGGAAAUGGUGCUGGGAUCAAAGCUUCCUGGCUGUGAGAACAGCCAGAUGAAGCACUCUUGUCUGCAUUCAAAGUUGAUUUUCUUCAUAUUCUUUCACGGAAUUCUUCUCUUGUUUAUGAGCCCAACUUUGAAAUCUGCAAGAUUUCCAACUUUUGCAGAUGAGUCCGAUCGAUUGGCGUUGCUUGCCUUCAAGAAUCAGAUUAGUGGAGACCCACUUCAAAUCAUGAGCUUGUGGAAUGACUCCACCCACUUCUGCAACUGGUUCGGUGUUACAUGCACCCCCUCCAGUAAAAGGGUCAUGAUUCUCAACUUACAAAUUCAAAGAUUGAGUGGCACCUUAACACCUUCUAUUGGAAAUCUUACUCACCUUACUGGAAUCAACCUGAGAAACAAUAGCAUCUAUGGUGAAAUUCCUCAAGAAGUGGGCAGACUAGGGCGCCUGCAACAUCUUAACUUGAGUUUCAAUUCCUUUGGUGGGAACCUUCCAAGUAAUCUAAGUCAUUGUACACAACUUAUAAUACUUGCUGUGAACAACCUUACAGGAAGUAUCCCAGCGUGGAUAGGAAACUUUUCUUCUUUGUUUGUUCUUUCCCUUUAUGAGAACAAUCUAAAUGGGAGCAUACCUAGUGCGCUUGGUCGUCUAUCAGUCUUGGGAUUUUUCAGUCUUGCUGUGAAUAAUCUAUCUGGUACUAUCUCUCCUCUCAUUUAUAAUAUAUCUUCCAUAUACCAUUUCUCUGUUACUGGAAACCAUUUGCAUGGAAGCCUUCCAUCAGAUGUUGGCCAUACUCUUCCUAACCUAAAAACAUUUUUUAACGGUCUUAAUAGUUUCACAGGACAUAUUCCCAUGUCAUUGUCAAAUGCGUCUAGACUUGAAAAGCUUGACUUUAGUGAAAAUGGUUUCACUGGGACGGUGCCUCAAAAUCUAGGAGGUUUGCGUGGCUUGGUUCAUCUGGGUUUCGGAGAAAAUAGACUUGGAAAUGGGAAAGUUGGUGACCUGAAUUUUCUGGAUUUUUUGGCUAAUUGUACAAGUUUGGAGGUCUUGGCUCUCGAUUUCAAUCAAUUUGGUGGUGUACUGCACAACUCUAUAGCCAACCUUUCCUCCCAGUUGUGGUGGCUUGCUAUAGGUGGAAAUAAGAUACAUGGAGGCAUUCCCAUUGGGAUUGGCAACCUUGUUAACUUGACCUAUCUGGAAUUACAUGGUAACAAUUUGGGUGGUCCUCUCCCCGAUGCACUUGGGAAGCUCCAGCAGUUACGGGUACUAUAUUUGAGCAAGAACAAAUUUUCAGGGUCGAUCCCAUCCUCUUUAGGUAACUUGACUAAAUUGAUAACGCUCCUCGUGGAUGAGAACAAAUUUGAGGGAAGUAUACCCCCAAGCCUAGGAAACUGCCAAAAUUUGCUUAAACUAAACCUUUCUACUAACAAUCUCAAUGGUGCCAUACCAAAACAAGUUAUUGGUCUUUCAUCCCUUUCAAUUUAUUUGGUCAUGUCUCAUAAUUCGUUGAUAGGUACACUACCAUUUGAAGUAGGUAACUUAAAAAAUCUUUGGAAGUUAGAUCUCUCAGAUAAUAAAUUAUCUGGUGAAAUUCCAACUUCCCUUGGUAGCUGUACUAGUUUGGUGAGUUUGCAUUUGGAGGGUAAUUCAUUUGAAGGAGCAAUUCCUCCAUCUUUGAAGACACUAAGAGGUUUAGAAGAAAUUGAUCUUUCGCGCAAUAACUUGUCAUGGCAAAUUCCUGAAUUUCUUAGCAAGUUUUUGUCACUUAAGCAUCUCAAUCUUUCUGAUAAUGAUCUCUUUGGGAAAGUGCCAAGUGAAGGGAUUUUUUCGAAUGUAAGCGCAAUUUCAAUCUUUGGAAAUUACAAACUAUGUGGUGGUGUCCUAGAAUUACAUUUGCCAACAUGCUACAGAAGUAGUACACGUGCAUCCGUGAAACGCCUUGCACUCAAAGUAGUAAUUCCUAUCAUAUUGGGACUUGUUCUACUGUGUUUUUUCAUCACAUGUUGUAAUGUUAAAAAAUGGAGAAAGAGACCUUUGGCUGCAUCUUCCUUUGUGAAUAGGCGAUUGGCUUGUAUAUCUUAUGCAGAACUCUCAGCCUCAACUAAUGGUUUCUCUGUGGACAAUUUGAUCGGUUCGGGUAGUUUUGGUUUUGUAUACAAAGGAGUUCUUUCUAGCAAUGGAGCAGUUAUUGCAGUUAAAGUGUUAAACCUUAAACAACGAGGAGGUUCCAAGAGUUUCGUUAAUGAAUGCAAUGCUUUGAGAAGUUUACGACAUCGUAAUCUCCUUAAGGUUAUCACUGCUUGCUCAAGUAUUGAUCAUCAAGGGAACGACUUUAAGAGUCUAGUUUUUGAGUUCAUGUCUAAUGGAAGCUUAGACCAGUGGCUACAUCCUAUAGAGGAUGAGCAACAUCAACGCAAGAGAUUGAGCUUUAUUCAGAGACUGAACAUAGCCAUGGAUGUUGCUUAUGCAUUACAAUAUCUUCAUCUCCAUUGCCAAACACCGAUUGUUCACUGUGAUUUAAAGCCAAGCAAUGUCCUCCUCAAUGAAGAUAUGGUGGCCCAUGUUGGUGACUUUGGAUUAGCAAAGUUCUUCAUUGACGCAUCACAUGAUCCCUCCAAAAAUCAAAGUAUGUCAGACUUUUCAGUUGCACUGAAGGGUUCCAUCGGGUACAUUCCUCCAGAGUAUGGGAUGGGUGGCCAAAUUUCUAUACUUGGAGAUAUUUAUAGCUAUGGUGUACUAUUGCUGGAGAUGUUCACUGGGAAAAAACCUACCGAUGACAUGUUCAAAGAAGGUUUGAGCAUUCAAAAGUUUACUGCAAUGGCUUUGCCGGAACGUGUCAUGGAUGUAGUGGACUUGUCAAUGCCCUUUGAAGAAAAUGAAGAUGAUGAUGAGACAAAUAACGCAGAUAUAGAAGAAAGCGCAAUAAUCGAAGAAGUUGAUCAUCAUUUCAAUCCUAGAAGUGGAGUUGUGGAUUGCUUGAUCUCGGUGUUGCAAAUUGGAUUGUUGUGCUCUUCAACAUCAUCUCAUGAGCGUUUGCCCACAAGUGAUGUCGUCAACGAAAUGAGGGCAAUUAGAGACGCAUUUUCCCAAAGUGCCGUGUGCAUCACCAAUUGA